AUGACAGACUUUUUAUCGCUCGAUGGAAUGUACAAUGCAUGUCUCCAUUCGUCCGGACAAUUUUUAAAAAGAAGCCGAAACAUCCUGUUGUGCUCAGUGAGUUUACCGUUCAAUUCUGUUGCUUCAUCAACCGAGACAGUUUGUUUCGCUACAGUACCCGGUGACGCUGGAAGUCAGUUGGAGGCAAAUCUCACUGGAAAACCUUCAGUUGUACACUAUAUUUGCUCUAAGCAAACGAAGGAUUACUUUGAUCUAUGGUUGAAUCUGGAAUUGUUCACACCAUUGGUUAUCGAUUGCUGGGUCGACAACAUGCUGCUGGUGUUUAACUCAUCAACCGGAACAACCACAAAUAUGCCAGGAGUGGAUAUUCGCGUCCCAGGAUUUGGUGGCACGAGCACGAUAGAAUGGCUCGACAAAAGCAGGGCAUCUCCUGGCUCAUAUUUCGCCACCCUUGUGGAUAUGAUGACAUCGUGGGGAUAUAAAAGUGGCAAAACUCUACAGGGUGCGCCGUACGAUUGGCGCCGGGCACCAAAUGAACUCUAUCUUUACUUCGAUGCUUUGAAAGUCUCUAUAGAGACUACCUAUCGCUAUCACAACCAUAAAAAAGUGGUAACUGUAGCUCAUAGCAUGGGCAAUCCUGUAAUGCUCUACUUCUACAAUCAUAUCGUUGAUCAGGAAUGGAAAGACAAGUACAUCGAAUCGCAUGUGUCUAUUGCAGCUCCAUGGGGUGGAGCUAUGCAAAUCGUUCGAGUUUUUGCUUCAGGAUACAAUAUGAAUUACUAUAGGGUGAUCUUACCACCAAGCAAAUUAAGAGGCAUGCAAAGGUCUUUUACUUCAUCAGCGUUUCUGUUUCCAAGUUAUGCUGUUUGGAAUUCUAGCGAAGUUUUGGCCAGUACAGAUGCAAAGAAUUACACGUUAGCAAAUGUAGAGGAAUUUUUCAAUGACAUCAACUAUCCGACUGGAUGGGAACAGUAUAAGGUCGCAUCGCAAAUGAAUGGAAAUUUGGAUCCUCCAGGAGUGAAGGUUCAUUGCAUCUAUGGUACAGGCAUAGACACAGCUGAGCACUUCAGUUGGGCUAAAGGCUACUUCCCAGAUUAUCCCCCUGAUAUUGUCUAUGGUGAUGGUGAUGGUACGGUAAAUCGACGCUCAGCUGAAGUGUGCCUACGAUGGAAUGAAUCGAAUAAUCAUGGAAAACGGGUAACAACCCAUGAACUCCCAGGUGCUGAACAUAUGGCUAUUAUGUCGAGUCCCGUUGCCAUUGAACUUGUGCGAAAAGCCAUUUAUGAUUUAUUGUGA